UACUGGAUGAUUUGAACAUUCCAGUGAUCACUUGUUUUGUGGAAAUCCAAUAUUUUAUGAACGAGGGACGCAUUUGGGUGUUUAAAGCUCCAACUCAAAUUCCAAUAUGUUAAAUACUCGUACAUAUAACGGACGUGCAUAUAUUGCCAAAUGUGAUGUUUUCGUUUGUUUUAAGUUGUUGGACUUUUACAAAUCAGAGUAGGUAGAGAGAGAUAGAGGAAGGAUAAACACAAGAUUACAGAAGCUUUGCUCACUGCCUGCACUCAGCAGACCAAUGGCUCACCGACACGUGGCAUCACCUAAAUUCUCCGUCUUCAUAUGCUUAACAUUACAUGCUUUCCGAAAUUUGCUGACAUCGCUUCCGUUUCUUCUAUAAAUGCAGGUCCUAAUGUAACGUCCUCUCCCAGUUCGAGAACUGAGAAGAAAACAACGAGAAUGAACGAAGAAAAACAGCUCGAGGCUGGCGAGUCUUCUUCCACAUCCAGCAAGACUGUAACUCUGCAAACGAGACUAGUCAUAAACAAAGGGAUAUCCAUUCUAGAAUUCGGUCUGAGGUUCAUUGCCGUGUUUGGAACCAUUGGGAGUGCGCUCGCAAUGGGAACGACCCAAGAAUCAGUCCCGUCGUUAGCACAGUUUGUCCUCCUCAAGGCUAAAUACACCGACCUUCCCACCCUCACGUUUUUCGUGGUGGCAAACUCGAUAGCUGGUGCAUAUUUGGUGCUCUCUCUUCCUGUCAGUAUCUACCAUAUUAUCCGCACCAAAUCCAAAACCUCCAGGUUCAUCUUGCUCGUCUUCGAUACGGGGAUGAUGGGACUCGUGAGUGCAGGAGCAUCGGCGGCAACAGCGACUGUGUACUUAGCUCACGAAGGGAACAAGAGCGCGAACUGGCCGCCCAUCUGCCCUCAGUUCAAUGCCUUCUGCCAACGCAUUUCUGGUUCCCUCAUCGGUUCCUUCUCCGCUUUCCUUCUGUUCAUUCUUAUUAUCAUCACUUCCGCUACUUCCCUCUCUCGUCACUAGUUAGUUACACUGCUACUUUAUAUAUACUUACAGUCAGUUAUUGGUAUCUCUCUCUAAUAACCAAAUCUACUCUACACUA